AUGAAGGAGGCGAUCCAUGAAGCUGAGGAUGUCAAAGUCAAGGUUUUGAAAAAGCGUAAGAAAGCUGCCAAGAAGGCGAAAAAGGAAGCAGGAGAGAAGCUGAAAGAUGAAGAGGGCGCAGGUGACGAGAGUGUUGGCGUGAUGAACGGUGACGGUGGUAUGGAUGCAGAGGAAUUGGAACAGUCAGCAGAAAAG